AAGAUUCUUCCUGUUGGCACAAACCCUUGGAACGGAACAAUCAGAAGAAUCGGAGAAGCAAAAUCGCGAAGGUGGAAAAGGGACAUCGGAGGAUCUGAUCGGAAGAAAUUCGAUUGGGGGAAAAUGGCAGAGAACAAGGAGAUUGUACCGCAGAAGUACGACGUCAACGCCAAGUGGGACGCUUGUCUCGAUCUCACCGUCCGUCGUUUCGUCUACUCCUCCCUUGGCGGCGCCUUUGCUGGACUUCUCUUCUUCAGGAGUCCUGUGACGAGAUGGGCAUCGUUAGCGUUUGGUGCUGGAUUGGGUAUUGGAUCUGCGUAUGCGGAUUGUGGCCGUGCUUUUGAUGCUCCAUCUUCUUCAUCCUCUGCUGCUUUUUCAGCUCCCAAUACUACAGAAGUUUCUGAACCUCAGGCUGUGCAUGAGUAGAAGAAGAAACGUGAUGAAAGAUGAAGAAGACACACCACAGAAAGAUUUGAUGCAAUGGUUGUUCUUGUUGACUGUUUUUCCUUUACCUGCCGAUGUAAAAGUUUAAACCUUUGAAAUCAAAAUCACACAUUCUCAGCUUCUCUUUUCCCUCUUUGAAUUUUGUGAACUUCCCAUUUGGAGAGUGGAGAUGUCUGCGUUGGAUAAA